AUCGAAGUACUUUUAAUGCUUAGCGGAACGGAAAGUUGUCCAAUAGGCCAGAAAAAUGAUAUUUACAAAAUGAAAGUACCCGGAUUGCUUUCAUUCAAAGCUCCCUGCAUUUCCAGUGGUUGGAUGGUUAUUCAAAGACGACAGGAUGGAUCGGUUGAUUUUGCUCGGAAAUGGAACGAUUAUAGAGCUGGAUUUGGAAGCUUAACUGGAGAAUUUUUUAUCGGACUUGAGAAAAUCCACCAGAUGACCAAAAAUGUGAAACACGAACUCUUUAUUUGGCUAGGAAUGCAUGAUGGAUCCAGGAGUUACGCUCGCUAUGAUGACUUUAAAAUUGGGAGCAAUGACGAAUUUUAUAAGCUGAUAUCGGUGGGGGAAUAUUCUGGCAAAGCUGGAGACUCCUUAGUAGAUUCGGUGGGGUCAAGGUUCAGCACUGUUGAUAAUUUUAACUUAGAUGAUUGCGAAACACAGAACACUGGCGGUUGGUGGUACCCCGAUUGCGAUUUUCAAAGUGCGCUCAAUGGCCUAUACUAUAAUGAUGGAGAAGCCAUGCCAUUUACGGGGAUUCAAUGGACAACGUGGAAUGGGAAUCUUUCGAAAUCUAUUGCAUUUACUGAAAUAAUGAUAAAGCCUAAAUAA